AAAAAAAAAAACUAAAGGGGCGACGACGGAGGUUUUUGCCAAAAGGUGAGCGACAUCAUCAUCGUCUUGAGUUUUGCGGAGAAGCAAGUACCCGCUGCCCACCGUAUUUCUUUUGAUCUACUCCACCCCCUUUUCCUUCAAACAUGACGGAACCCAUCAUCACCUCCCCGACGCCCCUUCCCGCCACAACGUUCCUCACCCGGACCAUAACCAAGGGUGAAGCCACGUCCCUCGCCCCCGUUUUUGCCCUCUUGAGAACGCGCCUGCUCCCAAGAGUGGCCACCACUGAACACCGAGCACACCAAAACGCUGUGUUGGUCGCCAUUCACAAAAAGUUGGGUAUACCCCCCAUGUCCGUUGUCGCCCUGGCUGGCGCGGUGGCGUUGGUUGGGCUCAGGAGGAUGCUCAAGAGGCAGCCUUUGUUGUUGACGAAUUUGGUCGGUGUAUUAUAUCCGGCUUGGCAGAGCAUCAAGGGAGUCGAGCGGCCCGAGGCUGAUGAUGAUGAACGGUGGUUAACUUAUUGGUCCAUUUUUGGAUUGUUUACCCUCCUAGACACCUAUCACGAAAAAGUGAUGUCCUACAUCCGAUACUACUACGUUCCUAAAAUGCUCAUCCUCUACUGGCUCUUUGCGCGCAAUGGAUCCUUGGCUGUUUACCGUCAAGCGAUUCGACCGAUUUUGGUCAAGUAUGGUGGAUAUGGGGCCGUUCAUGUCGUGCAGGACCCUACUGCUGCAAAUGGGAUGGUGGUGACGGGCAAAUUGGAAUGAAAUGCAGCUAUUCCCGGGGCUUGAAUUCAAUUCAAAUAUAGAGACGUGUGUGUGUAGCGUUAUUGUAUUGGUAAUUUGUGGUUUUCCUCCCCUCAUUUGUAAGAAGGCGCUGGUGCUGGUUCAGCAGCAAUGUCGGUUAUUUCAAUAAAUUAGUCCCGAAAUUGAAUUGUCUUGAG